GAGGAGGACGAGGUAGAGGAGAAGGAAAGCGGAGGGUGUUGCGGCCAUGUCAGACACACCUUUGCAGAGCAACGGCACCGCAACAGCACCGAUGUCGUGUGAGGAGGCUCAGCUCCACAAAGAGAGGCUGCAGGCCUUGGCGGAGAAGCGAAAACGGCAAACAGAGAUUGAAGACAAAAGAAGCCAGCUCGAUGACCUGGUGCUACAACUACAGCAUCUCAAGUCCAAAGCCAUGCGUGAGCGAUGGCUCCUCCAGGGGAUGGGGGUGGAGGAAGAGGAGGCAAGGCGGAAACAGCUGGAGCAGGAUGAAGAACAAGGCAAGAGGCUGGAAGACAUAAUACAAAGGCUGGAGUCUGAAAUCGGUACACUUGAGAGUGAAGAGUCUCAGAUAUCAGCCAAAGAGCAGGUUCUACGAGAACGUCUGAAAGAAACGGAGCGCUCAAUAGAAGACCUGCAGAAGAGUCUGAUGACCCAGGAUGGAGAUGCCACUGGCUGCAUGUCCGCCCCUCUCUCGGACUGCACGGACCCCGACGCCGACCACCUCGUCCUGGCCACGCAGCCCAGGACCGGCCCACCUGCCUCUGGAGAGCACGCCAUACCAAGACCUGCAAUGUUUGCCAUGGAGAUCAACGUGCAGCAUGACCCGCAGACUGGCGAGCAGCGCGUUCUGUCAGCCAACCGCGUGAGCCCGCUGGAUGCGGCGUCGCGAGGCGUCAAAGUCUACGACGAUGGCAGAAAAGUGGUCUAUGAGGUCACAUCCUCUGGGGGCGUGUCCACCACUGCCAUGGAGAACGGUUGGAGCUCUGCGCAGGUUGACCAGCUGAUCCAGGGAGCUGCCAGACCUGUCAUACAUGGAGGAGAUGGCGGCAGAGGUCAGGUGACGGUGACCCCAGCUUCCCCACAGGCUUACGUUUCCCCAGCAGAUAUUGACGAUCUGUCUCCACCCUCCUGUGCCCCACCAUCCAUUCCUUCGAGCCCACCGGCCCAGGUCACCCUCCAGAGGGAGACCCGGCUUGGCAUGAUGCCCCCCUCUGCUCCCAUUACAACCCAGCCCGGCUCCUCAGCUCACCCGGGUGGCGAGUUCACCUCCCCACCCCAAGCCAGUGCAGAACAUCCGGUGACCAUGGUGUUCCUCGGCUACCAGGACGUUGAGGACAUGAGUGAGAGCAGGCGGCUGUUAGGUUUUGAUGGCGCCGUGAAGGCCGAGGUGGUCCUCAUCGAUGAAGACGACGAGAAAUCACUGAGGGAGAAGACGGUCACCGACCUAUCCAUCAUCGAUGGCACGGCGGCUGACCUCGUGUCAGGGCGGCCGGUCACAUCUGAAGCCGUCAGCACGGAACUGUCAUCUGAUGGCCGUGAGCCCGACAGCGCCUCCUCGCCCCCCGCCAACCCCGAUGCCAACACGGCCCCCCCGCCCGGCCUCACCCCCGCCACAGGCUACGGCCAAACACCAGGGGUUACCGUGACAACAGCAAAUGGAUAUCAAGCUCCCAUUCCAACCAGACAUCCUCACACCGCCAUGAAAUCGUGGCGGGCAGCCGAGGAUGUCAGUGACACAACACCCAGAGAGCGAGCCCUGAAGAGCGUCAGUUUCCAGGAAUCAGUCAGCGUUAUCACUGACAGGCCUGCAAUCAUGGAACUGGAGAGCCAGCAGAUCCAACAUGGCUGCCUCAGCAGCCCCAGUAACCGAGUCCACAAUGCAGUUGGUGUUAAAGUAGAGACUUCUGACAGCGAGGUGGUGCAGGAGAUCCGCUACUUGGACCAGGUUUUAGAUGCCGCCUCAGAAACACCCACCAACGGAAACUCUUCUUUGCCAGAACACACCAAACCAAUCAGUAUCGAUGGAAACUCUCCUUCCGUCUGCGUGUCAGCCUCCUCUCCUGUCAAUCACCAGUCGGUCAUCGUGGAGGGGCAAAGACAAACCACGUUCCUCCACCAAGAUGACUCUACUAUGAGGACAAACGGCCACAUGCAGGGAGAUGAGUCAGCCAGCGGCAGGGCGAAGUUUGAGUUGAGAGCGUUUCAGGAGGAGAGACGGCCAGCGAAACUCUUCACCCCUGGAGAGGAGCAGCAGGUUAGGGUGACGAGGAGACGACCCUCAGGGGAGGUUCAGGAGCUGGAGCGUGAGCGACAGGAGCUGAUUAAAGACCAGGCAGUAAAGAAAAACCCAGGGAUCGCCCAGCGCUGGUGGAACCCUCCUCAGGAGAUUCCAUUGGAAGAACAGCUGGACGCAGAGCAGCUCGAGUCUCUCAAGAAAUACCAGGAGAGGAAGCAGCAGAAACAGAAUAACACUUAUGCAUACUCACAGCCCCAGGUGUUAGGUCCUCCCACCAUGGUGACCUUUGACCCAGAGCUAAACAGAAAGGAGGACAUUGUGGAGGAGCAGAUUGACUUCUCUGCUGCCAGGAAGCAGUUUCUCCAAGGCGGGGUAACCAAGAGGGAUGUAGCUCCUCAAAUAUACUCCGCCAAACCCUUUUCGAAAUCCGUAACCAGGAGCAGCCAGGGGAGCAGUGACACUGUUGAAGAAACCGGGGAGGGUCACGUGACCUGGUCUGAUGAAGGAAUCACAGCAGAGUUUACUUGUGCACGAGCUGUGAUGACAAUCCUGCCUGAUGAGGAGGAAGGAAAGACCCACUUCCAUUCAGGUUUUCACCCAGAGGAGUCUGACUCGGGAUUAGACGAGUUAUCUGUCCGUUCUCAGGACACCACUGUGUUUAGCUUGGAUAAUGUGUCGGACAGCGGGGCUUCGCUACCGCCUACCCCACUACCACUCACCCCGGUGUCUCCACCAACCCCCCAGCCCACCACGCCAGUCAACGGGCAGACCAGCGGCAGUCCAACAGAGGAUGAGCUGGAGUACCACGCAGGGGUGCUUGUCCAAAAUGCCAUCCAAAACGCCCUGGCAGCUCAGGAUGGAGGGGAGUGGCAGCCAUCUGACUUGAAUUCCUCACAAGUGAGCGCCCCUGUGUCUCCAUCCUCAGUUUCUACAAGUAGCCCAGUGCCAGUUUCUUCCUCUCCUGUGUCUUCUGGUGGAGCUCCUAGUCUCCAAUCACCUGUGUCCUCCAGUCCUGCUCCAUCUGACGUGUCCCCUCAGCCAGACAGACGGCCAGAAGUAAGAGUCAUUCCCGAAGAGAAGCCUUCAGAAUCACAGCAGCAGCCACAGCCCUCCACUCCAGCACAGCAAACACAGCUCCAGACACCUUCUCCACCUCCUUCUCAACCCGUCUCGCCACCGCAGAGGCCUAAAAAUGGAGGGCCCAGGAUCAAAAUCCAGUCCUCUUAUGCCAGAGCACUUGCCUCCUCAUCCCCUGCUCCAGCUCCAGCACCUGUCUCUGCAGCCCCGGUUACCAGGCCAAACCCAGUCUACCGUCCCCCUUCUCCCCCAAGCCCAGAGAAACCAGAGUUCAGCUACUUCAGUAAAUACUCUGAGGCAGCCGAGCUGCGUAGUACAGCAGCAGCAGCUCGAGGUCCUGAGCCGGAGGCAGCCAGUGGUCCGUUCCGCCUGCGCUCCAAGAAGCAACGGACUUUGUCCAUGAUUGAGGAAGAGAUCCGAGCGGCUCAGCAAAGGGAGGAGGAGCUGAAGAAACAGAGGGAGGAGCAGCCUGUUGUUGUCCGCCCCAGCAACAGCCUCGGCCCUGUUAGGACAGGGAUGCGGCAAACUAAGAUUUCUCCAGCAGAUAAGAUGAAGAGCAACAGCCUGCCAGCUCGACUCACACUGACAGCGAAGACAGCACCAGGAAAAAUCGAGAAGGUUCGACCUGCACCACCUGUCUCACCCUCACCCUCAGAAGGAGCCCUGUCUGACGCUGGCAGCGAGGACUCUGGAGGAAGACCCAAAAACUUCAUGCAGACACUCAUGGAAGACUAUGAAACACACAAAGUGAAGAGGAGGGAGAAACUAGAGGACAACAGUUAUGCCCGUUUGUUGCUGGCCAACGAGGUAACCACUGAGGUUCUGGAGGCCACACGCGUCACCAGGAGGAAAAGCGAUAUGGCGCGGAAGUGGGAAGCAGGCAUUUACGCCAAUGAGGAAGGAGAAGAAGAAGAAGAAGAAGAAGAAGAGGAGGAAGAAGAGGAGUAAACUAACAGCUCCUUUCAGAGACAGUUAAGGGACUGAGUGGAAAGGAGGAGGAAGAGACUGAAGGAAAGGCAUUAGGGAAAGGAAACAGUAUUUAUUUUACUCACAGUAUUCUGAUGAUCACAUGACCCACAGGCUCGACCAAUGGGGCUUAUUGAAGAAGUGCAUCAAGUUGUGGUUUUUAGACCUGAGGAUUGAAGGCCAACAGUAUGUGAAGUGAUAGAAUGUCAGGGACAUUUGAAGUGUUGAGGUGAUGCAAGAGACAGUUUGAAAGGGUUUUAUGCUGAUUUACGAACGCUGUUCGGAUGUGCAUUUGAAGGUUUUUACUAGCUGGUAGACGCUGAAUGACUGAAAUAUUCAUAGGAUUGUUCAUUUACCUGCAUUUUUAUUAUUGAAAUAUGGGAUGGCUGAGAUCUAAACAUUUUAUUUUGACAGGUUGCCUGAGACUUGCAGGUUUUGGCAGGGGGUGCUUGAUAAUAACCCGUCAUCAAAUCAAAAUGUGUGGUUUUUAUUACCAACAAGGGAAAAAAAAGAUGCAGGUGUGUGCAGAGUGACAAACUUCAGACUGAAUUUUGUGUGAGAAAGGAGAAAAGCGAGGCCUAAUUUCUGUAAUUUCAGAAUCUGGUGAUGCUAUGGGAAGGCUGCUAUGAUUUCCAGGCACUGAAGUUCUAUCUGGUGCAUCCUGCAGUGCCACAACACACCACAGUACUGAUAUAACACACAUAUGGCAUGUUGGUGGGAGCUUUUGCAACCUUUUAAAGCAUCUGCAUUAAAUUUUAAGUGCCGACUUGAAGGUCCUUGAACUGGUAAAUGCUAGCGAGGAAAUUUGAAAAACUAGCAUCAAGGUUCAACUCUGCCUUAGACCGUCAGCAACUGCUGGAUGCACGAUAUGUAUGAUGUAUUUUAUCUUCUUCUAUUCUACAGUUUAAGUAGACCAUAGAGAAAAUAAGCCACCACAUUAGAUAGAAAGUCUGUUUGUAAAAAAACAUUUUCUUCAGUGACUAUUCAGUGAGGGACAGACGGGGAAGCUAACAGCGAGUCAUGUUUGCAUCACUUUAGUCCGAGUGUGUAUUACUGAAAGGGCUGGGUCGGGGCUUUUAUAUUCUAGAAAAAAAAAUCACUUAUUUUACCUUCACUGGCUAUGCCGCUUUGUUGACCUGUGCUUUCUGAUGUAAGCAGUUGUUUCAUGUAUUAUACUGAGGUAGGACUGUGUAUUUGAUAUAUGAACCUGUAUGUUGAGAUUCCAGUGGUGGGCAACUGCUGUGUAUCUACUCUACCUUGCUAGAUGAGGAUAAAGUUUGAUGAAAAAUAGUGAAAAACUUUUAUAAAAAGUUGUUAUACCAAAACAGAAUGUUGUUAUUUAGAGAACAGUCAGACUACGCUUUUAAAAAUUUAUUUAAAAAGUUUUGAUCGUGUGCAUGAGAUGACACUCCUUUCCUAUUCUGAGACAAGCACAGGACAAGAAAAGAAGGCAACAGAUUAUCAGUACAAAGGCUCAUUAACAGGCCGCAGCUACUGGCUGAUCUUCUGCUCAUUUUGUAUGAACAUAACAUGGGAGAUUGUUUGUUGGGGUUGUCAAUUUUUUUUACUAAAUAUAUCGUGAGCUUUGAUUAUGCAUGACAAUGCGAUUUCCUGUUUUGCUAAAUGAACGUUUUACUGCAAUACAGGCCUCUAUGAGUGUGGUGAUACUGGGGAUUGUCCAGGUGUGGAAAGCAAGAUUCAGCUUCAAAAUUAAACACAAUGAAAGAGGAAUAAUCCCUGGAGCCAACAGGACUGUCUUUAAAGGGACAGUCCAACCCCAAAUCAAAAAUACAUAUUUUUCCUCUUACCUGCAACACUAUUGAUCAGUUUAGAUUGUUUUGGUGUUAGCUUCCUAGUGUUGAAGAUAUCGGCUGUAGAGAUGUCUGCCUUCUCACAUAUGUAAUCGAAUUGAAUGGCACUCAGCUUGUGGUGCUCAAAGCACCAAAAAAACGACAUUUUAAAAACUCAAAAGCAUGUCUCUUUCCAAAAAGCAUGACCUGCUUACUCAAGUUAAUCCACAAACUUUGUUAUGCGCAGUUUUAUGUGGGAACUUUUUUUUUUUUUACCAAACUACACCUACCCGCUGUAUCACCAUGCAGAAGGAAGAGUGCAUCUACUUGCCGAGUAGAUACUUGUGUUUGUGACAGUAGGAUAUGUAAACACUAAUAGUGUUGUUUUUGGUUGAGUUUCAUCGUUAGAUAGCUCGGUGAUAACAGUUAAGCUAGCAGCAGAUGCACACUUCCUGCUGUGCAGUGAUACAGUUAGCAAGUGGGAAUAAAAUAGUUCCUAAAUAAACUGAUUAAAACAAGGUCUGCAGAUUAACUUGAAUAAAUGGGUCAUCAUUUUUGGAAAGAGACGUUGUUGAGUUAAAAAAAAAAAAUCAUUUUUUUUUUCUUGUGGGUGCUUUGAGCACCAGAAGCCAAGUGAUAUCUAAUUCCAUUUUAUUGGAGAGAAAGCAGCCCUCUCUACAGCUCAUAUCUCUUAACACUGCAACCCGCACCAAAACGGCCUAAACUGAUAAAUAGCACUAUGAGUAACCACAAAAAUAUGUAUCUUAGAUUUUGUAGUAAACUGUCCCUUUAAAUAAGAAUUAAAGACAAAAAUGUGUCAACGUGGAUGUAGAAACAGAACCACUUUAACUGAAACGUAGCAAAAUGAUUUUGCGUCUUAGCCUUUGGUAGCUUGUUUAUUGAAGCCUUUGAGAUUUUCCUUCAGCAUUAGGAUGUUAGGAGGAUGGGGAGACAGAUUUUCCUGUAAACCGCAGGGUCACAGUUUUGAUCAUCUGCUAGGCUGUCCUGUUAAAGUGUCCUUCAAGCAGGCACUGACCUUUGUGUUUGCUCACAAACACACUGAAUACAUUCUAUAUAAUUAAAACUGAGGUAAACUCGCACAAACGAUAAAGAAUUGUGGGACACAUGCUUUACCUUGACAAUAAUAAUAACUAUUAUAUUUAUUGGGACAGUCCCAUCCUGAGUGCAAGUUAACUAACGCUAUUUAAUUAUCUAUUUGAAUUAUAUGCUCUCUGAGUGUGAAAUGUAGUGCCAGCAGCCACCAAUGGGAAGUAGAAACAAAGGAAGUGUGCCUAUCUAAUAUGCUUAUUUCCCCUUGAAACAAAACCCACAUUGGUUCCAGAGGAUCCAAAUCUUUCUUGUUUUCGGACACGUGAUAAAAAAUAUUGGACUGGUGAGGACUAGUGUCCCUUUUUAUGUGAUAGAGUUUGUGGGAUGGAGGAAAAUGUGUUGAUAUAAUGGAGAAAGUGUCACUGACGCUGAUGUGAGAUUCAUUUUGCCACAUGACUUAAAGGACAAUCCAAAUGUUACUUUUUUGCAUUUCUCUGUCAGAGAUAUUAGAUUGUAGAGGAGCUUGAACACCUUUUUUUCAGGAUGGAUGGCAGAUCCAGAUCCUUUGUGAUGGAUGGUAGUUUCACAGUGGCCUAUUCUGGAUGCCAGCUGAGCAUUGACUGUAUCUGAGCUUCAUUCACAGCACGAUUUGAGUUUUAAGCAACAAAAGCUUCUUCUUAUUUACUGUUGCUGCUGCAACACAUUGUAAAACGGUUAGUGUGCACACACACGCUGUCCUCAUUUCACCUUCAAAGGACACAAUCAAAACUCGUUUUCUCGUUAAAUAUGAAGCUUUUGAAAUAGUAACAGAUAUCAUGCACACACAAAGGAGUUCUAAUAUGAUUUAUUAUUAUUAUUAUAUGCUUUUGUUGUUUGAAUUCAUGGUGCAGAGAUGAUUUAUUUAUCAUUUUAAAUGCUGGUAGCUUCUUUUCGGCUACAGAAGCUUCAGUGUGGGACUGUCUGUGUGUGUGAUGAAGCAAUCUUAUUAUACAGUAUAACUUCUGUUCCUAUGUUAACCACUUGUAUGCUCAUACUCUGCUUUAUUUUAUAGCACAUAUAAGGCUCACAGUUAUACACCUACAUACAUAUUAUGAAUAUUUUCUCAUUAAAAACAAAACCUGUAAA